AUGUGCCUAUGCGGAUUAUUAAGCAUCACUCAUUCGGUGAAUCUAAUUCUAUGCAUUGAGAUAUUUUUUGCUUUGGUAUUGUUGAUACAAUCACCCGAUCUUCUCUCAAUGGAUGGCACCUAUUUCUAUUUUCUCGGCAAUUUCGAUGGAGGCGGUGUUUUCUUUUUUUCGCUUCAUGUGACACUAUGUGUUUCGUGUCUGAUAACAUCAAUUUUGCUCUAUGUGGGCUCAACAAAGAAAAUUCCGCCGCUAAUUUUGCCUCAUCUUUUCUGGCAAAUUGUAUUUGUCAUCACUUCGAUUGUAUCAAUAAUUGUAUUAUUGGCUCUCGGAUUCAAGGGAAAAAUGCUGCUACCUUCAAGCAUCGUUCUAAGCUGCAUGAUAGCAUCCGCAGGCGUGUGUGAAAUUUGGUGGUGCUUUUUAUCACUUGCUUAUUAUCGAUAUAUGAAAGAGAUGAAAUUGGAUUCUCCGUGGAGCCAUGACGAGCUUUGCACAAGAGAUGAUAUCGUUUAA